UUCGUCUGCUAUGUCUCCACUUGUUGCGUCUGUCAAUACUCCUGAGCAGGCCGAUAGCAAAGUAUUGGAAUCCUCCAUAGAGAUGUCUUCUUCAUAUCCAAUGUCUCUGCCAUCUAUGUCAGUACAAGAACCUGCUGCAAAUUACUCGAAUGACACAGGCAGUAAUGAACAGCCUCCAUUGUUAAAUCAAACAUGUCAACAGUUGCUGUACACCAGCAACAGUAAAGUCAAAGUAAGUACUACUCCUGAGUCAAGAGUCAAGUGUGAUGUGUGCUUUCUUGAACUACUGUCAAAGAACUUAGCACGCCACAAAAGGACUGUUCACUCUAAAGCCAGCAAGCACAUCGAUCAAGACAGGCAUCACCGUGCAGUUUGCGUUGAUGCCAGUAGAGGCUUGUAUCUUGUCAGUCAAACCUUGAGAGGUGUUGCCCAUCCAAUACAUGUGCAGAAAAUUACACUGCCCGGAAACUCGGCAUCUAUUUGUGAGCUUAGUAAGUGUCUUGAUGUCAAGAAAACAGCAGCUCGAAGCUUCAGACCUUCAUUCGAAUGUGAUCCUGUUCAAUCAGUUUGCUAUGCUGAGAGCUAUCUCCCCAAUGUUAAACUAAGAGAUGAUAGUCUUGAUUGUCUUGUGAAACGGCAUCUCAGAGAACAUAGUAUAGCGCCUGGAGACUGCUGGCUUAGCAUUGAUCCCUGGGUAGCUUUGUGGUUGGACUACAGAAGUUUUAACAAUAUGCCUCCUUUGAAAACAGCUGGUGAUUUUGUUUUGGUGAGCAUUGACCAACACAUACAGCAGAGGGACUUUACUUCAAGCACCACAACCUUUGACAUAUGUCUACUACCAGCAAUUGAUUUGUUCAAAUUCUGGAGCACAUACAAGUGCAAGGAACCACGCCCAAACACUGUCCAUAGGAAUGGAAAGAAUACCUAGCUCUUGACAGGUCUAUAGUAGAUGACCUGUGUGUAUGGAUACGUGAAAUGAGAGAGCAGUUUGAG